AGUGUUGCCACCACACUCUGCCUUUCCUCAAAAAAAUGGCGAAUGUCAGAAGUCUUAUUGGCAUUUUGUGUACAAAACAGUUAAAUAUCUUCGUGACACCUCAAGUAAACAAAAUAUCAGCAAGAUUUCUACAUAAUUGUCUACAGUGUAACAAAUUUUCGGUAAAUUUGAAUGUCGCAAACACCCCGGUAAAAAACGUUUUACAUAUUUCAUCUCGAAAAAUCCACUUAAACUCGGUUUUGCAUGCGGCGAAAGACUACUAUCAAAUUUUGGGGGUUAGUCGCAAUGCGUCUGGGGCCGAAAUAAAGAAAGCUUAUUAUAAAUUAGCCAAAAAGUAUCAUCCUGAUGUCAAUAAAGAUGACCCUAAUGCCGCAAAAAAGUUCCAAGAAGUGUCCGAAGCGUAUGAGAUUCUUGGCGACGAGACUAAAAGAAAGCAGUUUGAUACAUGGGGGGCCACGUCCGAGCAAAUGGGCGGUAUGGGAGGCGGCGGUGGUGGCCCCCAUUCGGGACAUCAAGGUUUUGCUGAAAGUUGGCAAUACCAGUCGACCAUCAACCCGGAAGAACUCUUUCGGAAGAUUUUUGGAGAGGCGGGUUUCGGAAAAAAUGCAGGAUUUGACGAUUUCGCUGAAUCCACUUUUGGUUUCGGUCAAGCACAAGAGGUUGUGGUUAAAUUAAGCUUUUUGCAAGCGGCAAGAGGGACUAAUAAGGAUAUAACAGUCAAUGUUGUGGACACUUGUCCCAAGUGUCGCGGGUCGAGGUGUGAACCAGGCACCAAAGCUACACGGUGCACCCAUUGCGAUGGUACAGGGAUGGAAAGUGUAACACGGGGGCCUUUUAUUAUGAGGUCAACAUGUAGGUACUGCCAAGGGAGUCGUAUGUUUAUCAAACAUAAGUGUACAGAAUGUGAAGGAAAGGGACAAACGGUUCAAAGAAAAAAGAUUACAGUUCCGGUACCAGCAGGUAUUGGAGAUGGUCAGACUGUAAGAAUGUCGGUGGGACAAAAAGAAUUGUUUAUAACGUUCCAUAUUGAAAAAUCACGGUAUUUUAAAAGAGAUGGGGCCGAUGUACACACGGAAGCUGAAAUUUCCGUCGCGCAGGCACUUCUAGGGGGCACUAUUCGUAUAGAAGGGUUGUACGAAGAUCACAUGAUACAGGUAAUGCCAGGGACAUCAUCACACACUCGAAUUAGACUUGCCGGUAAAGGCAUGAAAAAAGUAGAUGGCUACGGACAUGGCGACCAUUAUGUGACUUUUAAAAUAGCAGUACCAAAACAACUUUCACCUAAACAAAAAGCCCUAGCCCAGGCAUAUGCCGAGUUGGAAACUGAUACUCCCGGUCAAAUUUUGGGAGUGACGUUAAAAACCGAUGGUAGCAAAAUUUUUGUCUCGAAAGACAAACAAGAACUUUUAGAAGCCCUUAGAUUAGUGCUACAAGGUAAGAAUGUUGAGAACGCCAAAGAAAAUCACUCACAAAAAACCACUAAGAAAGUUGUAGAUAGAGAUGUUGAAAAUGAAAAUCUUAGCGACACUGAAGAAGCAAAGAGAAAUAAAAUGCCAUAAUGUUAUCUAGUUUUAUAUUAAAAUGUUAUUCUAAAGAAAGAAUAAAACGACUAGA